UCAGACAUUUGUCCGAUGAAUCAUGGACUAUUCCAAUGACAGUAACGAAAAGGAGACGUUCAUCAAUGAUAUUAUCGAUGAGAUCGUCGAUCAAUUCCUCUCGGAGUUUAGGCUACACCUAAGUGCCCUGCUGCCCGAAGAUUCUCCCGCGCGCCCCGUAUCCCACCCUAAGUUUCCAGAGACCGAAGAAGACUACCGGGAAUAUGCCUGGGGAUUUAUCGAAACCAAUCUUGGGCCUUUUUACCAGCCGGGAGAUGCUUUUGUGGAGGAAUUGAUUCGGAGUGCGGCUGCUCGGGCGAAGGAUCUCACACAAGAAUAUGAGUUGGAGCCAGAAGUCACCCCUAAACUGCUCAUCAUGGCCUUGUAUGACUUUGUCAUCCUAUGUGAUGACAGUGGUUCGAUGAACAAGGGAGACCGCAUCAAGGUGCUUGAAGAUACUUGCCAGCGUGUUGCUCAAAUCGCCGGUCUUCUUCAGCCACAGGGAGUCUACCUUCGCUUCUUGAACCAUAAGAAUGAUCGAAAUUUUGACAAUUUGACCGACCAAGAGGAUAUCCAGGGUAAGAUGCGGGCGGUCAAGUAUUCUGGGAAAACUCGACUAGGGACUGUGCUCAAGAAUAAGAUUAUCGAGCCUUUAAUUUUCGAGAAGGCGAGGUCAAGGCAGCUUGAAAGACCAAUAAUCACAGUCAUCGUAACUGACGGAUGUCCACUAGGUGAAGAAACAACCUGUCUCGAGGAAACUGUCUUGAACUGCAAGAAGCGUUUGGGUGAACUCGGCUUCGAACCGGCGAGCGCCAUAUUUAUCAUUUCUCAGGUAGGGGAUGAUCCCGAGGCGGUGAAAUUCCUCACUGGCCUCAAGGCGAGCACAGACUUAGAGGAGAUGUUGUAUUGCUGUCCAGAGCAGCUAGAUGCACAGCGCGACGUGUUCCGCAAGGCUGGAAAAGACAGCCAAUAUUCUUCCUACCUCAUCGGGCUGUUUGAGGCUGCGUUAGUUAGCCAGGCAGACAUCUAG